AUGCGAAUCAAUCAGCUAACAUUUCCUUUAGACGGUCAUACCUCGGAGGAUAUAGUUGCAUCAGGAAUACAACAACUGGAACCCCCCACGGGCGCGGAGGUCUGCGGCAACUACACUAUUGUAGUCGAUGAUUCCAGUAGUUUCUUUUCGCUAGAGUUGCCAGCUGAGACUGAUAGCGGGAGUUGUUACUCACCCAGUAAUGCCUCCGCUCUUUCCUCCAGUAAUUCCGAACACUCAGGAUCAUCGCAACCAUGUGAGCCCGAAUCGCCAGUACCUCCAGCUGGGACUCAGCAUGAUAUUCUUGUGGAAUAUCUAGUAUCCCUGCUCCAAUGGAAUUUGCCCCGCUGCUCUCAUGCUAUACCGGGAAAGGAGCCAGCCCAUACUGAGCCAGUAGAGGACAUGUCCGAUGAAGGAGGUACUACAUCAGCUGGUUAUACAACUGUGAAGCCAGGAUAUAGCCAGUCACUUAAAGUGGCAAUCGAUACUUUACCAAUGGUUCUGGCGGAGAUGGAGUUUUUACGGGAUGAGUCUUACAACAUAUCCACCUCCAUUGCCAAUACAGCCUAUGCGGGAGUUUACCACAAUGCCGGCAACCUCGAGUGUGAGGCCUUGUGUUUCACAACCGGAAUGUCUUAUCAUAAAUCUGUUGUUAGACCAACCAGGGCUUUUGAUAUUGAUAGUAUUCUCGCAUUUCCCUCCAGUCUUGCUGUGGCCCGAAAUGGUAUAAGUGUAUGCUUCACUCCUGGCCAGUACCGCAACAUUGACUCCGACUUGCACAUUGAUGUUCCAUUCCUAGGACACCGGAGUAAUGGGCCAGGACCUCGACUCCCACAAACAAUCGCAAUCCGUAAGGUUCCUCAUUUCCACUUAGGCCACUUGUAUGGCCAGAACGACUAUACCCUAUAUGUCUUAUUUCUGAACUUAAUUGACCCAACACGUAAAUCAAACUUCCUUACUGGUUAUGAGCUGGAAAGGUUCAUGGACAACAUUAUGCUGCCGGCACUAUAUUCUUCAUGUCCCGCAUCACUUCUGCAGCAUCUUCCAGGUAGUUUUGAACAAGCACACCUUGCAAGUAGUGUUGGUGUUACUGGGAUGCCUGGAAUUCCAAACUCCGGCAGUGAGUGGCGGAAACCAUUUUUCUAUACUAUCCCAUCUCGCUACCUUGCUUCCAUAUGGGAUACGAUAUUACAGCUCGUAUUAACACCAGGGCUGCAUGAUUAUGGACAACCACAAAUAUUUAUCAAUGCCAAGAAUCUAAAAUUAGGAUGUAGUGGAAGUGACCUUGAGGAACUUAUUCCUCAUUUUAUGACAUCUUGGAAUCGCUCAUGUGAUAUGAGUUUUCUUACGAAGGAGAAUCUUUGGAUCGAUAUUGGUAGCGAAUUCGUCCAUGAUAAGGAGGCAACACAACAAGAUAGGCAUGACAUAAUGGGUGCACCCUCUGGACUCGAGAAGAGUUAUUUUAUGUUUUUUUGGCGCCAGUGCUGCUUGCAAGGUCUGGAGGCCUCCUUUAGAGACCUAUACCUGGGGGACCAUUACUGCAGUUCCUACUAUACACAAUGUCUCUCCCAGGAAUUAGCCAAUUUAACCAUGGAGCCAGGAAAGCGACAUCCUGCACGGGCGCAUGGCUUUGCCUACUCACAAUUUUACGCUACUAGCAAGGAGAUCUUCGACUGCGGUAAAGUGUAUCCCUUCGAAAACCCUGUCCUGGAGAUUUUAGCUGUUGACCCCAAACUCCAUGAUAUGUGGAACAAUAUUGCAAAACAGACACCAUUCAAUUUGAAGAAAAUUGAAAGAGAAUAUGCAACUUCUAAGGCACGGGCCAUGGCCGGGUUAUCGGCUGCUGAGAAUAAAUCGUUCGGAGUACGCCAAGAGCACCGGAUCACCUAUGGACUUCUCUCUACCAUCCUCACCCACUUGCGUAAACAGAGAAUUCAACCCCCCGAUUCCUUUCAUUGUGGAACCCAUACGAAUAUGUUCCCCGAUAGCAUCAUCUUAAUUCCCAGUCCUGAAAUGGCUUUGUACUUUCUCAGUAACCUCAACAAAUUUUGCUUUGGAUUCGAAUACACUUUGUGCGAGAGUCGGAAGCGUGGCCUUGACUGGGAAAAUACACGGGUAAUGAUUAUGUUUCUGCGGCUGAUACGAAUAGUGGUCAAGGGUGCAAACCUAUCCCAAUUUCCCGCCUUCAUACGGUCCUUUCCCACCAAUGCCGCUAGUGAUCUCUCCAGAGCUGGUCUGGGCCUUGUGGACACUUUAACCACCCGUGGAUAUGCUUUCCUUCCUGCCAAUGUAAUAGACUGGAAAGUUCUGCGCUUCAAUUCGGAUACGGUUAACGGCGAACAUUUUUCUAUCCCAUGGGUUAAGCGGCUGUAUAAGUCCCGGUGGAGUGUAAUACAUCAUACUACACGCUUAUACGAUCAAGUCAACCAGGUGUUAGAAAACCUUGCACGACAUCCCGCCAAUAUUCGCCUGCGGAUUACCACCUGCCUGGUUUUAAGUUGCGCUCUUAUUGAAUCGUUUCGGCAAGAUGUUUGGGAUGACUUGGAAAAGGACCAAAUAGUAGUUUUAUCUGCGGAGAAUUCUUUGAGCCAGUCUUUCCCCCCUCUUUGUUUAACAACUCUACGCCAGGUCUACAAGCAGGAUCUCACACGAUUCAAGUUUGUGCAGGAUUAUAAUCGCCAUAGGUUGCACCCGUUUGAUCGCGUUACAUAUUUGUGGGACUAUGAUGCAAUACGGAACCGAACGGGAUGGGAGGCAAAGCCAUGGCGACGUAUGUUUCACAAUGUGUGUGAAAAACUUGCAGCACUUUAUCCGGACCACCUAGUGUCACAACACUUCCGCGAGAAUCAGUUUCUUCGAUUUCUGCGACAUAAUUUAAUUUUUCCACAACCGGUGAAUGGAACCUUUCAUUCCUAUUGUCGGCAAAAUCAAGGUAUACGGCAGUGAUCCUGGUACUGCGCAUACAACAUAGAUAAGGCGUAUCGAUGGGAGACCAAUGCCUGGCAGACGGGAUCACCGAAGGCUGGGUACCACAAUCCAGAGGUUCCACCACAACUCAAGUUUGGACUCCAGGAUAUCUCGGAAUUACUGGACUGUGUAGAGGAAGCUGGUGUCUUGCAUGACAAGUUGGAGGCAAUAGGCCGUCAAUAA